AUGAAGAAUAAACUAAUUUUGAGGAAGGAAAUAGUUGAGAAUUUAAGUGGAGAAGGUGAAGAGGUUGAAGAAGAUGAUAAUGAGGAAUUAGAAGUCACCACUGAUGAACCUAUAGGAAUUCCUACUCCAUCCUUAGAUAUUCCCACAUUUAGCAGUUCUAGAGUUCGAUCAAGUCAUCCAGUUAACAAAUUGAUAGGCUAUACUGAUGUUGAUUGGGCUGGUAACAUGGAUGAUAGAAAGAGUACUUCGGGUGGUUGUUUCUAUGUUGGUACUAAUCUUGUUUCAUGGUAUAGUAAGAAGCAAAAUUGUAGAUCUUUAUCAUCUUGUGAGGCUGAAUACAUUGCUGCUGGAAAUUAUUGUACACAAUUUCUUUGGAUGAAACAAAUGCUUCGGAUUAUGGAGUUGAUCAAGUCCUUUUACUCUCUUCUUUCCUUGUUCUUCUCUGUAGUCUUCCUUUUGAAAUGGUUGUCCAACCCAAAAACCAAAAGAAAUCUGCCACCUUCUCCUUCAAAGCUCCCAAUUAUUGGUAAUCUACACCAACUUGGUUGGUUCCCACAUCGAUCCCUCAAAUCAUUAGCUCAAAAAUAUGGCUCCCUGAUGCUUCUUCACCUUGGCAGCAAACCAGUUCUCAUCGCCUCCUCUGCUGAGGUAGCUCGUGAGAUCAUGAAAACCCAUGAUCUCAACUUCUCAACCAGACCUAAAUCAAGUAUUCCGAGUAGAAUAUUAUAUGCUAAGGACGUUGCUUUCGUUCCUUAUGGAGAGUAUUGGAGGCAAGUGAGAAGCAUUUGUGUGCUUCACCUUCUAAAUAACAAGAGGGUUGAGUCUUUUCACACUGUGAGAGAAGAAGAAACAACUCUUCUGGUGGAGAAGAUUAAAUUGUCUUCUUCUUCACCAGUGAAUUUGACCGAGAUGCUAUUCUCACUCACGAAUGAUAUAGUAUGCCGCAUAGCCUUGGGAAAGAAGUACAGUGGUAGGAAGUUAAAGAAGCUUAUGGGUGAGAGUAUGGAGGUGUUGGGUGUUUUCAAUGUGGGGGAUUAUAUCCCGUGGCUUUCAUGGCUAAAUCAUGUCAAUGGUUUGAAUGCUAGAGUGGAGAAGGUUGCAAGUGAGCUUGAUACAUUAAUGGAAGGUGUAGUUAAAGAGCAUAUUGAUCGUCAGCGAAGAGAGAGCAAUGGUGGUAUGAAUGUUGAAGAUGAAGGCCGGCAUGAGGACUUUGUGGACGUUUUACUUAGAAUUCAAAGGGAGAAUGUGAGUAAUGCCUUUCCUCUUCACAAAGACAGCGUUAAAGCUGUAAUCCUAAAUAUGUUUGCUGGCGGAACUGAUACUACAUACACAAGUCUAGAAUGGACAAUGACAGAGCUCUUAAGACAUCCGAAAGUCAUGAAGAAACUGCAGAAUGAGGUGCAAGAAAUAGCCAAAGGCAAAGAGGACAUAACUGAGAAUGAUCUAGAGAAAAUGCACUACUUGAAAGCGGUGAUCAAGGAGUCUCUGAGAUUAUAUCCUCCUGUCCCGUUGCUAGUUCCCCGAGAAUCAAUUCAAGAUGUGAAAGUAAUGGGGUACGACAUUGCAGCCGGCACACAAGUGUUUAUCAAUGCUUGGGCAAUUGCUCGAGACCCAUCAUUGUGGGAAGACGCUGAGGAGUUCCGACCGGAGAGGUUCUUGAAUACUUCAAUAAAUUUUAAAGGGCAGGACUUCCAAUUUAUUCCAUUUGGAGCUGGCAGGAGGGGUUGCCCAGGAAUUUUAUUUGCCAUGACUCUUGGUGAGCUUGCCUUAGCAAAGCUUGUGCUGAACUUUGAUUUUGCAUUGCCUGAUGGAGCAAGAGGCGAGGAUGUGGACUUGACUGAAGUGCCUAGUAUAACCAUCCAAAGAAAGAAUCCUCUGCUUGUUGUUGCGACUUUAUACUCUCGUUAG